GACUAUAUAAAGAGAGACCAGUGAGAAAAUAAUAAUAUAAAUAUUCUGUGUUUCUUCACUAAAUUCUACAUUCUUUAUACAGUUUCAGUUUAGCAAAAUAAAAUGGUGAAUGAAUAUUUUCUGAGUACUCACUGAGUAACAAUACUCAGAAAUUGUUAGUAGCACCAAUAUGAGUACUCAUGGACGAAUUAUGAGUAAAGUCGUACUCAUCGUAUGAGUGCUUUCACUAGGGAAGCACUCCAUGCAAUAGAUAUCAACAUGUAUCCUAUUUCUUCAGUUCUUCUCCUAAAUGCAUGUUUUUUAUUUUUGUUACAAGUAUAAGUUAUGGUUAUUCUUUAAUCAAAAACAUUCUCAAAAGUUUUUCUAAAUGAUUUUUAGAUACACGUUAAACGAAAUGGAACUUUACCAUCAUUAAAAUGUCAAAAUUCGAUUACAACUGGAUCAAGCAAUAUGGAAGAUCUUAUCUGAGGAAUUAAGUUAAAAAACAUCAGUUUAAAUUGUGAUCUGGUUGAACUUACUAUUAUCAAGCAAAAAAAGGUAGUGAGAAAGGACUAAAAAGCAAUAUGAAUAUAUUUGAUUUGGCCUUGAAAAGUAACAAUAUAAACGAAUUAUCAAAACGUGGAAAGCAGCAUGUGACUAACUCAGGUUGAGGGCCAGUAGCAAAUAGACAAGAAAAAUUCGAACCACUGAAUCACGCUCACAUUGAAUUGUAAAGAUAACUUUUGACUUAUUCGAAUUGGUAGAACGACUUGUUUGGUUAAGUAGCUUUUUCGAAAAUGAAUAACCACGCGUGUCGCGUAAUGUAUUGAUAAAGAUUUUUAAGGAUAUUCAGUGGACAUACUAUUAUAGAAUCUAAUAAUCUCACAGUCUUUUUGUAACCCUCGUUGUAAAAAGCAAUUUAUACAACUAUUGUGGGUGACUAAGCAAAUUCCACAACCUUUUAUGCAUUCAAUUUAUUAAAAGUUUUCCAACAAUGCGACGCGCCACUUAGUUACUGAUAUCAAUCAAGCAAAAUUUUGAAAAAGUACUUCAUUUUUAGUAGAAUAAGUUUUUGUUUAAAAUGAGUAUAAAUCACCCAUCGGGAUGUCGAAAAUGCGCAAUAUGUAACUGUCGUUGUUGCAUCAACAAGCGAACAAAAUGUUCACAUGUGAAAAAACAGUUGGCAUUAGUUGAUACUAGAAACGGUACAGCUAAUCGACAUUUGUUAAUUUUGGUUAGACACGGUCUCUCACAAGGCGAAAUCGAUAAAAGGUAUGAUGGAUGGAAUGAUCCUGAUUUAAGUCAAUUGGGGACGAAUCAGGCACGUCGAGCUGGUGCUGCUCUUCAUCAAGCCGGUUUUCCGGUGGAUUUAUGUUACACAAGUGUAUUGAAACGUGCAUCAAAAUCUCUCUUUCUUAUCCUCGAUGAAAUGGAUUUAUUAUGGUUACAAGUGCACACAACAUGGCGUUUGAAUGAUCGUAUGAUUGGUGCAUUGACAGGCUUUCAACAAGAUCGAGCCGAUUCAUUAUUUGGACAAAGCCAAUUAAAAGAAUGGUUAACUAGGGCGCAAAAUGCUCCUCCAGCUCUUGAAGAAUCGAACCCCAAUCACCCACGAAGUGAUCCAAAAUAUAGAAAUAUUUCUAAUGUUGUACCUAGUACAGAAACACUAGUCGAUGUUCAAAAACGAAUUUUACCAUUGUGGUAUGAUGAAAUAUCCCAAAAUCUCAAUAUGGGAAAAAAUAUUCUUGUUGUAGCACACGAAGAAACGUUAAAAGCUAUCAUACGUUUUAUUAAUAAUUAUAUGACUGAUGAAUUUAGUCAGAAUGAAUUACCUGUUUGUAUUCCAAUUAUUUUUGAGUUUUCAUCUGAAACGCAAGAGAUAGUGAAUGGAUACUAUUUGAUAUCAUCAUUAUUAGAUCAAGUUAAUUCAUAUCAAUCAAAGCUAUUUCCAACUUUAUUAUUUGUGCGAGGUGCGGACGUCGGCAGUGGAAGUCAAUGUAAUGAUCAUAGGUUUUAUAUGGAUUCAUUCGUUUAA